AUGAAUAUAGAAGAGGUUCAGUCCACGACAAAGAAGCAGAGGAUAGCUACUCAUACUCACAUUAAAGGUCUUGGCCUUGAAGCCAAUGGAAAAGCAAUAGCUUUGGCUGCUGGCUUCGUGGGUCAGGCUGCAGCAAGAGAAGCCUCUGGCCUUGUAGUUGAUAUGAUACGGCAGAAGAAGAUGGCUGGACGGGCACUUCUACUUGCUGGACCUCCAGGUACAGGGAAGACAGCCCUUGCUCUUGGUAUAUCCCAGGAGCUUGGGAGCAAGGUUCCAUUCUGCCCUAUGGUUGGGUCAGAAGUAUAUUCAUCAGAAGUAAAGAAAACUGAGGUUUUGAUGGAAAAUUUCCGUAGGGCUAUUGGUCUGCGUAUCAAGGAAAAUAAGGAGGUUUAUGAAGGGGAAGUGACCGAACUCUCCCCAGAAGAAACUGAGAGUGUAACAGGUGGGUAUGGUAAAAAUAUUAGCCAUGUAAUUAUUGGGUUGAAAACUGUCAAGGGAACGAAGCAGCUGAAGCUAGACCCAACUAUUUAUGAUGCAUUAAUUAAGGAGAAGGUCGCUGUUGGUGACGUUAUAUACAUCGAAGCAAAUAGUGGUGCAGUAAAAAGGGUGGGUAGGAGUGAUGCUUUUGCUACUGAAUUUGAUCUUGAGGCAGAAGAGUAUGUUCCACUUCCUAAAGGAGAGGUUCACAAAAAGAAGGAGAUAGUCCAGGUAAAAUUGACUCCUGUAUUACAUUUGCUGAGUAGUGAUUUCUGCAUUGCUGAGAUUCCUGAUGAAUCUGUGUCUGACAUGUAUGUAAUUGCCAUAAUUUUUGGUGAUGUUCUGAAUAUAGAUAAUGUUUUUUUGCUUAUAAAAUAUCGUCCAGGAGCAGGAGGUGGAGAUAAGGAUGUUACGCUACAUGAUCUGGAUGCUGCAAAUGCACGGCCUCAAGGUGGACAAGAUAUAUUGUCCCUGAUGGGUCAGAUGAUGAAACCCAGGAAAACAGAAAUUACUGACAAGUUACGACAAGAAAUAAACAAGGUUGUUAACCGCUAUAUUGAUGAAGGUGUGGCAGAACUUGUUCCUGGAGUCUUAUUUAUUGAUGAGGUGCACAUGCUGGAUAUGGAAUGCUUUUCAUACUUGAAUCGUGCUUUAGAGAGCUCGUUAUCUCCAAUCGUAAUCUUUGCUACAAACAGAGGAAUAUGUACUGUCAGAGGAACUGAUAUGAUUAGUCCUCAUGGAAUACCAGUUGACUUGUUAGACCGGUUGGUGAUAAUACGUACAGAAACUUAUGGUCCGGCUGAUAUGAUACAGAUAUUAGCCAUCCGUGCACAGGUGGAGGAACUAGUUGUAGAUGAAGAAAGUCUGGCUUACCUAGGGGAGAUUGGACAAACAGCAUCCUUAAGGCAUGCAGUUCAUCUAAUGUCACCUGCCAGCGUUGUGGCCAAAAUGAAUGGUCGAGACAAUAUUUGCAAGGCGGACCUUGAGGAGGCGAAUACUCUUUAUUUGGAUGCCAAGUCUUCAGCAAAACUUCUUCAAGAGCAGCAGGACAGAUACAUCUCAUGAUGAAACUUAAUCAUUCAAAUGCAUUGUUCAACUAUAACCCGUUUUAGUCAGACAAAAUGCUACCAGCACGGCAUUCAAUUCGAAAUGUGAUGCUUUCACCACCAAUGAGCUUUUAUUCGGUAUAGUUUUGCCUGCUUCUUAGUACCAGACAUACCAAGCUCUGCUGCAGUUAAAAUUUUUAUUGUUAGGUUGAAUUUAGUUGUUCAUUUUGUGUCUUGCUAGCUUCUUUAUGGUGGGUGGUUUCUGUAAGGGAGUGAGCAAAUACUAAUGGUUGAACAAAUUUAUGUGCAAAAGAAAGGUUCAGUGGGUGACCAGUGGAGAACCCUGUAUUAUUUCUUUGAAUGCUUCAUUUGAUUUUCUACAGCAUCAAUCUGAUGAAAUGAACUUCCAGAUUCAAUCCUUGUAUUUUG